UCAUGGGCGGAAAAGUGAUGCUUUCACGGCGGCGGUCUUUUGCCUUGCCUUCCCGACGCCCUGUCCGUACUCGUAUUCACGGAUGAUAUUCAGACUGUUUCUAUAUGAAUAGUGAUUAUUUAUAAGCGUCGUUGUUAAGAAGUGAAUGGUAAUGAUUUUAAAGUAAAAGAUUGACUGUGAGACUAAUAAUAUAGUUUGUGUAUAUUUGACCCGAUAUCUUGGAACAAGGUGAUCCGUGAUAUUUAGUGAAGUUCUACGUUUGUGUGUCAGCUGUAUUUUAAAACGGUGCUUAUUAAUUUUAAUUGAAGACAUUUGAGCGUGGCGCGGUGAGGUGCCGUAGGUCGCGAUGACGACUGACAUCUCGGUGUCCCGCUGGGACCCCAGCAUCGGCCACGGCCAAGAGAUCAUCGAUGACUUCGAGUACGACGGCGGAAACUCGUCGUCAAGGCUUUUCGAACGAUCGCGCAUCAAAGCGCUUGCAGACGAACGAGAGAGUGUACAAAAGAAAACUUUUCAAAAAUGGGUGAAUUCUCACCUGGUGCGUGUGGGGUGCCGCAUCAGCGACCUGUACGUGGACAUGAGAGACGGCAAAAUGCUCAUCAAACUGCUAGAAGUACUCUCCGGAGAGAGAUUGCCCCGGCCAACAAAAGGCAAGAUGCGUAUCCAUUGUCUCGAGAACGUGGAUAAGGCUUUGCAGUUCUUGCGUGAACAACGCGUGCAUCUUGAAAACAUGGGCUCCCACGACAUUGUCGAUGGAAACGCCAGACUUAACCUGGGUCUGAUAUGGACCAUCAUACUUCGAUUCCAGAUCCAAGACAUCACAAUCGAAGAAACUGACAAUAAAGAGACCAAGUCAGCUAAGGAUGCUCUGCUAUUGUGGUGUCAAAUGAAGACAGCCGGCUACAACAACGUGAAUGUUCGCAACUUCACCACUUCCUGGCGUGACGGGUUGGCCUUUAAUGCCAUCAUUCACAAGCACAGACCUGAUCUCAUACAGUUUGAGAAGCUGCACAGAAGCAAUCAUAUCCAGAAUCUGAAUAAUGCCUUCAAUGUCGCUGAGGACAAACUCGGGCUUACCAAGCUUUUGGAUGCUGAAGAUAUCGCUGUGGAACACCCAGACGAGAAGUCAAUCAUCACGUACGUGGUAACGUACUACCACUACUUUAGUAAGAUGAAGCAGGAAACUGUACAGGGCAAGAGGAUCGGCAAGGUGGUUGGCAUCGCUAUGGAAAACGAGAAGAUGAUGAACGAAUAUGAAACGCUCACCAGCGAUCUCCUGCAAUGGAUCGAGCAUACAAUUGAAGCCCUGGGUGACAGAACAUUCGCGAACUCUCUGGAAGGAGUACGCCAACAGCUCAUACAAUUUGCAAACUAUCGUACUGUUGAAAAACCUCCCAAGUUCGUCGAAAAAGGCAACCUAGAAGUCCUACUGUUCACACUGCAGUCGCGCAUGCGCGCGGCCAACCAGAAGCCCUACACGCCGCGCGAGGGCCGCAUGAUCCAUGACAUCAACCGCGCCUGGGAGCGCCUGGAGAAGGCUGAGCACGAACGCGAACUUGCUCUGAGGGAGGAACUUAUCCGUCAAGAGAAGUUGGAACAGCUUGCUGCUAGAUUCAACCGCAAAGCGCAAAUGCGUGAAACGUGGCUGUCCGAGAACCAGCGGCUAGUGAGCCAGGACAACUUCGGCUUCGACCUGGCAGCCGUAGAGGCGGCGGCUAAGAAACAUGAGGCGAUUGAAACUGACAUCUUUGCCUAUGAAGAGAGAGUGCAGGCCGUGGUUGCUGUUUGUUCCGAGCUGCAGGCUGAACGUUACCAUGACAUCGAGCGCGUGUGUGCGCGGCGCGACAAUGUGUUGCGGCUGUGGGCCUACCUGCUGGAGCUGCUGCGCGCGCGCCGCGCGCGGCUCGAGCUGUCGCUGCACCUGCAACAGAACUUCCAGGAAAUGCUAUACAUCCUGGACUCUAUGGAAGAGAUCAAGAUGCGUCUGCUAACAGAUGACUACGGCAAACAUCUGAUGGGCGUAGAAGACCUUCUGCAGAAACACGCAUUAGUUGAAGCCGAUAUCAACGUGCUAGGAGAAAGAGUCAAGGUGGUAGUGGGCCACUCGCAGAGAUUCUUGGAGCAAGAAGAGGGCGGCUACCGGCCUUGCGACCCCGCCAUCACCGUGGAACGCAUUCAGCAACUCGAGAACGCGUAUGCUGAGCUGGUGCAUCUUGCUGUGGAGCGCAGAAAGCGUCUGGAAGACAGCCGCAAGCUGUGGCAGUUCUACUGGGACAUGGCAGACGAAGAGAAUUGGAUCAAGGAGAAGGAGCAGAUCGUAUCCGUGGACGACAUCGGGCAUGAUCUCACUACCGUGUACCUCCUCAUCUCGAAGCACAAGGCGCUGGAAGCGGACGUGGAAGCCCACGAGCCGCAGCUCAUGCGCGUGGCGGCGGUCGGCGACGAGCUCAUCUCACAGGGACACUUCGGCGCUGAUCGGAUUCAGGAUCGUCUCCGCGACAUCCUGUCUCAAUGGAACCACCUCCUGGACGUGGUGUCGCUGCGCAAGAAUCGCCUGGACGCGGCGGUGCGCUACCAUCAACUGUUCGCCGACGCGGACGAUAUUGACAACUGGAUGCUUGACACGCUCAGAUUGGUGUCAUCUGAGGACACGGGCGUUGACGAGUCGCAAGUGCAGAGCCUGCUGAAGAAGCACAAGGAUGUGACGGAUGAACUGAAGCACUAUGCCAACGUCAUUCAGCAACUUAAGCAACAGGCAAGUGAAUUGAGUCCUGAAGAUGCAAACAGCGGCGAAGUGCGCGAGAGACUGGCCGCAAUCGACGCUCGACACGGCGAACUGGCCGAGUUGGCGCGACUUCGCAAGCAGCGUCUGUUGGACGCCUUGUCGCUCUUCAAGCUGCUCGCCGAAGCCGAUGCUGCCGACCAAUGGAUCGCUGAGAAGGACAGAAUGCUGGAUACUAUGCUGCCACCCAAGGACAUUGACGAUGUUGAGAUUAUGAAGCAUAGAUACGACGGAUUUGAUAAGGAAAUGAACGCGAACGCAUCGCGCGUGGCCGUUGUGAACCAGUUGGCUCGACAACUCAUCCACGUGGAGCACCCGCAGGCGCCCGCCAUACAGGAGCGCCAGGCCGCGCUCAACAACGCCUGGAGCACGCUCAGAGAUAAGGCGGAAGGCAAGAAAGACGAACUGAAGUCCGCGCAAGGCGUGCAGACGUUCUACAUCGAGUGUCGCGAGACUGUGUCAUGGAUCGAGGACAAGAAACGCAUUCUGCAACAGACUGACAACCUCGAGAUGGAUUUGAAUGGUGUUAUGACCCUACAACGUCGUCUAUCGGGUAUGGAGCGUGACUUGGCCGCCAUCCAGGCGCGUAUCACUUCCCUGGAGAAUGAGGCCAGUGCGAUCGAGGAUGAGCAUCCUGAUGAGGCGCGCCUCAUCCGCGAGAGGAUUCACACCAUCACCGACAACUGGGAUCAGCUCACGCAGAUGCUCAAAGAGCGUGAUUCGAAAUUGGAAGAGGCAGGAGACCUACACCGGUUCUUACGUUCAGUGGACCACUUCCAAGCCUGGCUCACCAAGACACAGACAGACGUCGCUUCCGAAGAUAUACCAGCAAGCUUGCCGGAGGCAGAGAAGUUGUUGUCGCAACAUCAAACCAUCAAGGAGGAGAUCGACAACUAUAAGGACGAAUAUGCCAAGAUGAUGGAGUAUGGAGAGAAGAUUACUGCCGAGCCAUCAACGCAAGACGACCCUCAGUACAUGUUCCUGCGCGAGCGCUUGAAGGCGCUGCGCGAGGGUUGGGCCGAGCUGCAGCAGAUGUGGGAGAACCGCCAGCAGCUGCUGACGCAGAGCCUCGAGCUGCAGCUGCUGCAGCGUGACGCGCGCCAGGCUGAGGUGCUGCUGUCGCACCAGGAACACAGGCUUGCCAAGACCGAGCCUCCAACGAACCUAGAACAAGCUGAAAACAUGAUCAAGGAACACGAAGCCUUCCUCACCACCAUGGAGGCCAACGACGACAAGAUCAACUCGGUCGUACAGUUCGCUAACCGCCUCGUAGAGGAGAGACAUUUCGACGCCGAUAAGAUCCAACGCAAGGCCGAAAGCAUCAGAGGACGACGAGACUCGAACAGGGAGAAAGCAUUACAGCAGAUGGAGAAAUUACAAGAUCAACUGCAACUACACCAAUUCCUCCAGGAUUGUGACGAGCUCGGCGAAUGGGUGCAGGAGAAGAACGUCACUGCACAAGACGACACCUACCGCUCUGCCAAAACCAUCCAUUCCAAAUGGACGCGCCAUCAAGCGUUCGAAGCCGAAAUCGCGGCGAAUAAGGAACGCCUCUUCGCCGUCCAAAACGCGGCUGAGGAGCUCAUGAAACAAAAACCUGAGUUUGUUGAAGUCAUCUCGCCCAAAAUGCACGAGCUCCAAGAUCAGUUCGAAAACCUUCAGACGACGACCAAAGAAAAGGGCGAGCGUCUCUUCGACGCCAACCGCGAGGUUCUCCUCCACCAGACUUGCGACGACAUCGACUCGUGGAUGAACGAGCUCGAGAAGCAGAUCGAAAACACAGACACCGGCACUGAUCUUGCAUCUGUCAACAUUCUCAUGCAGAAGCAGCAGAUGAUAGAGACUCAGAUGGCCGUGAAGGCGAAGCAGGUCACCGAACUGGAAACCCAAGCGGAGUACCUGCAAAAGACCGUACCAGAUAAAAUGGAAGAAAUCAAAGAAAAGAAGAAGUCUGUGGAACAGCGUUUCGAGCAACUGAAAGCGCCUCUGUUAGAUCGCCAACGCCAUUUGGCCAAGAAGAAGGAAGCUUUCCAAUUCCGUCGCGAUGUCGAGGAUGAGAAACUAUGGAUCCACGAGAAGAUGCCGCUAGCAACCAGCACUGACUACGGCAACUCAUUGUUCAAUGUACAAAUGCUGCAGAAGAAGAACCAAUCAUUGAAAACGGAAACUGAUAACCAUGAACCGAGGAUACUGACAGUGAUUUCCAACGGACAGAAGCUGAUUGACGAGGGACAUGAAGAUGCGCCUGAAUUUAAAAGGCUUAUUGAAGAACUCACCGCGCGGUGGCGAGAACUUAAAGAUGCCAUCGAACAACGUAAAAACAAUCUGGCCCAAUGGGAGAAGGCUCAACAGUACCUCUUCGACGCGAACGAGGCCGAGGCGUGGAUGAGCGAACAGGAGCUGUACAUGAUGGUGGAAGAUCGCGGUAAGGACGAGAUCUCCGCGCAGAACCUUAUGAAGAAGCAUGAGAUACUGGAACAGGCCGUGGACGACUAUGCGCAGACUAUCCGCCAGCUGGGCGAGACAGUACGGCAACUGACGAGCGAGGAACACCCUCUGAGUGAACAGAUCUCCGUAAAGCAGUCCCAAGUGGACAAACUAUACGCGGGUCUCAAAGACCUGGCCGGCGAGAGACGCGCCAAGCUGGACGAGGCACUGCGGCUGUUCCAACUCUCGCGUGAAGUUGACGACUUGGAGCAGUGGAUCACUGAACGGGAGCUGGUCGCCAGUUCCCAGGAGUUGGGACAGGACUACGAUCACGUCACGUUAUUAUGGGAGAGAUUCAAGGAGUUUGCGCGGGAAACGCAAGCGGUGGGCGCAGAGCGAGUGGCGACAGCGGAGAGGAUCGCCGACCAGAUGAUCGCUAUGGGCCACUCCGACAACGCUACCAUUGCGCAGUGGAAGGAGGGUUUACGCGAAACUUGGCAAGACCUGCUGGAACUUAUUGACACCAGAACACAGAUGCUGGCAGCGUCGCGAGAGCUACACAAGUACUUCCACGACUGCAAAGACACUUUGCAGCGCGUCAACGAGAAGGCACGCGGCGUCAGCGAAGAGCUGGGCCGAGACGCCAUCAGUGUUGGCGUGCUGCAACGCAAGCACCACAACUUCAUGCAGGAUUUGAGCACCUUGCAACAACAGGUCGAGGCGAUAAGCGCGGAAUGCGCUCGCUUAGGCGCGUCGUACGCGGGCGACAAGGCAGCCGAAAUCACACGACGCGAGGCGGAAGUGGCCGAGGCUUGGCGAGCGUUGCAGGCCGCUUGUGCUGCUCGACGCGCCAAGUUGGAAGACGCGGACCAUCUGUACCGGUUCCUGAAUAUGGUCCGGGACCUCACCUUGUGGAUGGACGACGUUGUGCGCUCCAUGAACACUGGAGAGAAACCUCGGGACGUAAGCGGUGUGGAACUAUUGAUGAACAACCACCAAUCGCUCAAGGCGGAGAUCGAGACGCGGGAAGACAACUUCACAGCUUGCAUCAGCUUAGGGCGCGAGCUGCUGGCGCGACAGCACUACGCGUCGCCCGACAUCCGCGACAAGCUGCUGCAGCUCACCAACCAGAGGAACGCGCUGCUACGACGCUGGGAGGAGCGCUGGGAGAACCUGCAGCUUAUCCUGGAGGUGUACCAGUUCGCGCGCGACGCGGCGGUGGCCGAGGCGUGGCUGAUAGCGCAGGAGCCGUACCUCAUGUCGCAGGAGCUGGGCCACACCAUCGACGAAGUGGAGAGCCUCAUCAAGAAGCACGAGGCCUUCGAGAAGUCCGCCGCGGCGCAAGAGGACCGCUUCAGCGCGCUGCAGAGACUCACUACGUUUGAGGUGAAAGAGAUGAAGCGACGUCAAGAAGCCGCCGAAGCUGCGGAAAGGGAGAGGCAAGAGCGCGAAGCCGCCGAAGCAGCCGCAGCGGCCGCCGCGGCGCAGGACGCGGUCGACCGCGCCGCAUCGCCGGAACCGCAGCCGCAGGUCGUAAGGAGAACAUCCACUAAAGCGGCUGAGAAGGCCCAAGAGCGACCGCAUUCCCAGCCAGAAGAGGCGCCUAGCCCCCCCGUCCCCGCGAGCUCGCCCGCAAGCUCGUCCCCGCCCCCCGCCGCCUCACCCCCGCUGCAAGACACGCCCCGCCCCUCCUCGUCGAAACAGACACCAGCCAAACCCGCACGCCUGUCCACUGCCGGUUCGAGUUCAACGCCGGCCACGCCAUCAACGUCCGGUAAGGUGAAGACGCGGUCGCGAAGCAAGUCUCCCUUCCGAAGCUUCCGAUGGCGCACGGCGAAGAAACUCCUCACUGGAGCGCAUCAUAGCGACGACGAAGAGGGUGCUAGUCCCGGAGGGGAGGACGAAGGCGUGGAAGGCACGUUGGUUCGCAAGCACGAGUGGGAAUCCGCCGCUAAACGGGCUUCCAACAGGUCGUGGGAUAAAGUGUACGUAGUGGCCAAGGACGGGCGCAUGUCAUUCUACAAGGACCAGAAGGCGUACAAGUCAGCGCCCGAGCAGCACUGGCGCGGGGAGCCCCCGCUCGACCUCAACGGCGCCGUCGUCGAGGUCGCCGCCAACUACACUAAGAAGAAGCACGUCUUCCGCCUCAGGCUGAGCAACGGCGCGGAGUUCCUGCUGCAGGCGCACGACGAGGCGGAGAUGGGCGCGUGGCUGGAGGCGCUGCGCACGCGCGCCGCUGCGCCCGCGCCGCGCAGCCACACGCUGCCCGCGCACCACGCCACCGAGCCCAAGCGCCGCUCCUUCUUCACGCUCAAGAAGAACUGAACGCCGCAGCCGGCGCCGCUCCCCGCGCACCGUUAGUCAUUACACGCCGCGUCCCGCCGUACCGCGAUACCCGGUACCCGGUACCUACCCGCUACCCGGUACCCGCGUACCCGGUAUCCAGUACCCGGCACCGCACCCCGGACGCCGCAUAUUUCUCACGACGCUUGCUUACCGUAAGCUUUGCUAAUGACGAAAUUGUGCCGAGCGGCCCCCGACCGACCGUUGUCUGUCAACUGUCAAGAGUAUUUGUUAUUAUUUUGUUGCGUACAAAAAUAAAAACGUUAUUUAAGACUGUUCGAUGUUUGAGUGUUUGAAUCGUUUGCCUUUCGUCUGUCUGAUACCGUAUUUAUUGGUCGGUAGCUAGUGGUGCACCGAGUGAAGUUGUAUCGAUGCGGAAAAUUGCAAAUGGCGUAAACAGUAACACACUUUUUGAUUACGUAACCCACUAAGGUGUCUAACUUAAUGGGUCAAAAAAAAAUCUCUUCCAUUUCCGAGGAGACGUUUAUGACUUUACUGAAAUCUUAAACUAUACUUUCAUACUCUCUGUGUAUAGGCAAGCUUUGACUUUUCGUAACGACGAAAUUGAAUAUCAUAAGAUGCCUUUUCAAUUGCGAACUAUCGCUACUUAAUUACUACUAAAGAUUUUAUCUUUAAGAUUUUGAAUUCUUUUGCGUCCUUUGAAAUUUUCCAAAAUCGAUAUUUGAUCCGAGUACGAUACGAUCCCACCCCGGCGUGAAAUUGUUGUAUCUUGAAAUUAAAUAUUAUUAUAAAUACAUUUAUAAAAUUCUAAAUGCGACGCUAUUUAUAUGGAUAGACGAGUUUUAGUGUUUAACUGAGAUGAAAAAAAUAUAUAUUAUUUAUUUAUAUAUACCUACGUACAUAUAUCAUAUUAUUACGUAACUGAUAAAUUAUAGUGUAAAUUCAGUUGAACUAGAAAUGUAUGACGUUUGAUUUAUUUAUUUAUUUAUUUAUAUCAACCGAUAACUAGAUGUUUUAAUAGAUUAUUGACGACCAAUCGACUUAAAGAGAAUUUGAAUCGUAUUUGAUGUUAAUAGCCCGAGAUAUAUUACUUAUGAUUGUAAUUUGUAACCGCAUUUAUGACACAUUUGAUUUCCCCAGUGAAGGCGUUUAUAUUGUUUGACCGCUCCGAUCCCUCGGAGUUAUUCUUACGAGUGUAAUGUAAGCUACGUAACUGAAUUAGAAUUAAUUUUUCCAUUUUAAAAAUAUUUCUUCGUUCCCGAACACUUCGAACUCGCUGUCGGUUAUAAUAUGCCGCUUAUAAAAAAAUAAAAUAAAUUUAUGUCUAAAUUUCUUCUUAGAUGGUAAUAUUAGGGAGUGUGUAGGGUGGUGACGGGUACGGAUGUGCCACGCACAGCGAUUUCGAAGUAUUCCGUUGUAAGACGAGUUGUAAGUAUGCUUUAUAUGCCUCAUAUCGUGCUUUUAAGUGAUAAUGAUGUGUCUUUAUAAUUAUAUUAAAGUUUUAAUUUAAUGAUUAUUUUACUGCCAAUGUUUCACAAACUGUUAUUUUUUUAUAUGUACCUAUAAUAUGUCUGAAUUUCACCCUAAUUAGAUUUUACGAUCACACAUUUUUAGUUCUUUUUACGUCCUAUGAUUAUUGUAUAGAGUGCGCGUGUGUGCGUGAGCGCGAAAUGUUCCGCGCUUCUUCGCACACUGGCGCAUGUAUAACUAUGUUUAAAUAUUUUAUUUCAAAAUUUUACUUUUUUGAGGAAAAUAUAAUAAAAGAUGUUUUCAAAUAA